AUGGCCCGUAUCUCCCUUACCCACCGCCACAGGUCCCUCAGCCUGACCCUCUUGAACAAGCUGAUCUUCUCGCGGUUCAAGUAUCCUCUCUUCGUGACCGAGUUUCAGCUCGUUGUAGCCAUGGCGUUGCUCUACAUCCUCGGAGAGGUCUCGACCAAGCUCGGAGUCCUUACCUUCAUUCCUCCUGUUGACCUGGAUGGAGCGAUCGCCAUGAAGAUUCUGCCAGUCACCCUCCUCUUCGUCUCCAUGUUGUCGUCGACCAACUACUGCCUCAAGCACGUCGACAUCAGCUUCUACCAGCAGAUCCUCCGAUCUCUAGUCAUCCCCUUCAACAUUCUCAUCAGCUACCUCCUCCUCGGAGUCCUGCCUUCUUUCAACGCCUCAACCUGCUCCAUCGUCGUCAUGGUUGGCUUCGCCCUGGGGACAGUGACGGAGUUAAACUUCAGCCAUGAGGGCUUCAUCUUUGGGAUCUUCUCCUCCAUCAUGGUAGCCUGCUACUCUACCUCGGUCAAGAAGAUUCUGCCGGUGGUGGGCAACUCAACCUGGCGCCUCAUGCACUACACGACCUUCCUCGGUAUCCUCGCGCUAGCGCCCAUGGUCUACAUCUCGGGGGAGCUCAAGGGAGCUCUGAGCUCGGGGGCUAUGGAGUCAAGGAUGUUCUGGCUGAUGAUGACCAACGCGGCGGUCGUCGGCUUUCUGAUCAACCUGGCCUACUUCGCGCUCAUCAAGUACGGAUCGCCGCUCACAACUCACAUCUCAGGCUGCGCCAAGACGGCCCUGCAGACGGUGCUGUCCGUCAUCAUCUUCGGUAACAGAGUCUCCUUUUGGAACUCUGUAGGAAUCGCCAUCACCCUGCUAGGGUCCUCCGCCUACUCCCUUGAGAGAUUCCUUGAAGUUCGCCAGAAAAAGCCGUGA